CGGCAUCGGAGGGCAGAUGGACGCCAACGGAAAGGCGGCUUUUUAGCAAUCACUUUUGCAAAUUAUUUCUCUCUUAAUUCCUUUCUUUUUGAUCCGACUCUUUCUCUCCCUCCCUUUUGUUUUAUCAAUCAAUUUCUCUAUCUUUUUUUCUAGUUGUUUCUUGUACGUCUCUCUCCAUCUUUGAACAGUCAAAUUCUCUUUCUCUCUCUCCCUCCAUUAUUGUCGACAAGGAAGAUCAGGAGCAAGCAGUGGAUGAUGCAUACGAAUGAACUUUCAGGUAAAAAACCCAUUAAUGGGCCCCUCUAUAAAAGAAUAGGUUCCAGAGAUGCCUCCAAGGGUAUGGAUAAAAACAUUCAGCUUUGCCCUCGAAGUGGAUGUAGCGGAAGGCUCAACUAUACUAGGAUGGGAUGCACUCCAAAACCCUACCCUUCAAGGCAAAUUUUGAAUCCUUCAAAUGGCAAGGAAGUUGUUGCUAGUUCGUCAAGAACCUCUCCCCUUACAAAGAAAUCAGACAUGGAAUAUCAGACAAAAGCCUCCUCCCACACAAACUCUGAUGAUUUUGAAGCUAAAGCUAUUCAGGAUGCGACGGUGGUUAAAGAUCAAAUACAUUCAUCAAGAAACACCGAGUCUAAGAAAAGUACUGUUUUGGAAACGGGUUGCUCCAGUGGAUUGUCAGAUAUAAAGAACCAUCAAAAGCCUCAUUGUAAUAACCACAAGAGUGUCAAUCAAGAUAAUUUGAGACCUAGUAAUGUUCGCUUUGGGACUAGGAGUAAACCUACUACCGUUGAAAAUGGUUAUCGAAAUCCCAAACUCAGUCCAACAUCAUUUCCCCUUCCACAUUCAUCACAAUCACGAUUCAUGAAAAAGAAAAGCUCUGAAAGUGAGAGUAGUAGUGCAUCUUCUUCUGUACGGAAUAGAUCGAGUAGGUCAUUCUCAAAAGAAGGCCGUGGGGGGCUUAACAAUCGUGGGGUCUUAAUUUCUGGUGUUAAUCAGGUUGUUUCGAAUAGGAAUGUGAACUCAAGAGUGAGAGCUCGUGAUCAAGAUAAUAAUGGGAACUCGCGAUUUCCACAGCCUAAAACAUCAAAUUCCCAUACGUUCAAUUCAUCAUAUUUGUUCUCAGCAAGCACUUCUUCAAGUGAAUCUAGCUCUUACAAUUUUCCUCGCAAUGAUGGUGGUGAUACAAUACAAAGUUUAUUGCCCUUCCCAUCUGCAGACUUUAGCAUCGGUCAGUCAAAUAAUCAUGAUGACUUGUGGAGAUAUAACAUGGAUGAAAUUUCUGGGGCAUUGUUACAGCUUGAAAGAAUUGAGCAGGAUGAAGAGUUAACGUACGAGCAACUACUAGCACAUGAAAGCAAUGUUUUCUUCAACGGCAUGAGCUUCUACGACCACCAUAGAGAAAUGAGGCUGGACAUUGAUAACAUGUCGUAUGAGGAAUUACUGGCUCUUGGGGAGAGGAUGGGCACGGUAAGCACAGCUCUUUCAGAGGAAGCAAUGUCAAAGUGCCUUAGUAGAAGCAUUUAUCAGGUUUCUUUCAAGGAAGUCGGUGUUGCUGGAUUGAAAGGGGAUGAAGAUGACAGUAAAUGCAGCAUUUGCCAGGAGGAGUAUGUGUUUGAGGAUGAGAUUGGGAAGUUGGAAUGUGAACACAGGUAUCAUUUCGGGUGCGUUCAACAGUGGCUAAGGAUGAAGAAUUGGUGCCCUAUCUGCAAGGCUUCUGCAGUUUCAUCACGGCCCUCUACGCCGCCGUAGUUCAAACCAAUGGGGUAACUACUUCUCAGAUGGACUAUAAGUUCAUUUUGCUCUUGUACAUACUUUUUUUUUUGCUUCACUCAAAAACAAUUUUUUUUAGAAGCUUAAGAUUUCAAUAAAAUGGUCACAUGUGCCCGGGGCUAAUUGCUCUGCGGUGUAGACUUUUACUAGUUCUGUAAGUGUUGAUGUA